AUGGCGUGGAAAGUCAAACUAUCCUGUAAAGAUUGUGAUACAAGAAAAACUUGUAUAUCUAUAUUGAAAAAUGAAGUGACAUGGGGAAUUGUCGUUAUUAUUUGUUGUGCUAUAUCAUUAUUAAUUAUCUGGUUGGUAAAUCAUCCUGUUGAAUGGCAAAAAUAUAAAGAUCCUGUUCAUGAACAAAGUCUUCUCGCUAUUAUUGGUGGCAUAUUUGCUCUCGUGGCUACGGGCAUGUCAUUUGUACAAAUUCUUCAACAUUUUCGAUAUAAAACACAUCAUCAAUCACAAAAACGUAUUAUGCGUAUUUUAACUUUGGUACCACUCUAUGCUAUUACAUCAUGGAUUUCAAUAUUAUUUUGUAUUUCUGCUAUUUAUAUGGAUUUUAUUAAAUCUUGUUUUGAAGCUUAUAUUAUCUAUAAUUUUCUACUUUUAUUAACAAAAUAUCUCGGUGGUCAUCGUGGUGUUGAACAAGUAAUUAUAGCACAAGAAAAAAUUCACUUACCAUUUCCAUUUUGUUGUCUUAAACUACGACCACAUAUUAAAUGGGUUUGGUAUUUUAAAUUUGGUCUUUUACAAUAUACAUGGAUCAAUCCAAUAUGUUCAGCUAUUGCUGUUGUUCUUAAUCUUGCUGAUAUUUAUGAUAAUGGUAAAUGGAAUUUUAAACAUAGUUAUCCAUAUAUUAUUAUUAUAAUUAAUAUCAGUCAAACAUUAGCUUUGUAUAGUCUUGUAGCAUUCUAUGAUAAUACGAAAGAACCAUUGAAACCAUUUAAACCAUUAGCAAAAUUUAUUGUGAUUAAAUUAAUUGUUUUCUUUAUUUUUUGGCAAAGUGUUUUCAUGAGUGGAUUAGUAGCAUUGAAAAUUCUAAGAAAUGUGACAUGUGAUCCAAUGAUAAAUAAUUAUUGUAAUGGUUCAACAACGGGAUUUACAGUUGAAGAAAAAAGAAUUCUUCUAGAAAAUAUUUUAAUUUGUGUCGAAAUGGUCUUCUUUUCAAUUGCUAAUCAUUGGAUAUUUAGUUGGAAACAAUAUGCUGAUGGAUCAUUUAAAAGAUUAAUGGAAUCUCGUUAUCGUGCAAUGAAUAAUAACGAAGAAGAUAAUCAAUCGGAUUCAUUUAUUACUUGGUUAUAA